GGUUCAUUGGAAAAAGCGGUUACCCGCCCGUGCAGACACUUGGUGACACAAAUCAAGCACACAAUUGCUGUCGUCACCUGACCGCGCGAAUACGGGAUAGAAACAAGUAAUCUCUGGCGGCAGACGCCGUCCAUCGUUGAAACAGAAGGCUUGUAUAUUACAUUGUUUAUGAGAGCGUUGUCGAAACAAACAAGUGAUUAUUCGUCACCACAGGGAGAGAAACACGAAAUGGAGGGAUUUGGAGUUUAUGCUGUCUUCGGAUUAGACGCCCCGCCUCAACGGUUGCUGAGCGGUGAAGGGCCUCACCGUGUGUCAGUUGCAGUUCCGCCGACUGUCCACCAAGUGGUGCUGUUUAGCAGCGGACCGUGGCGGGACAGAAUCUGCGUCAACGCGGACCUCUACGAUGCUCAGCAGACCCCCAUCACCAUCGGCAAACUGACUCCUUAUAACAGAUGUCUGUCAUGGGAGCAGUGGGAAGAGGAGACGUGGACAAAUGGUGUCACUCUGCAUGUCACUCUGGAAGGACAGAUGGUAAGAGAUCACUUGUCAGAACCUGCCGUCAUCUUGGCUGUGAAGGAGCACACACCUAAAAAUGCCGUGGCUGCCCUUGCACACCAUGAACUCAACAGCAAGAAGAAAAGAAAGCGAGCGGAUGGAGAAAAGGAUGUAAAGAUGGUGGAGGAAGAGGAGGAGAAUGUGUGUCCCAACAGCAGCCUGGACCGAACGACGCCUGUUAGAAAAGUCAGGGGUCAUGCCAAAGGAGCCCAGAAGCUCUUCCCUGACAGUGGAGAUGCAGCCAAGAGUAAAGGAGGAGAUGUGCAAGGGAAUGUGGGAAGGACACCACCCCAAAGUGGAGCCAGGUCCAAGAGCAGACUGGCCAAGACACCCACACACACUGCAUCACUGGGGAGUCCCUCUGGACGCUGGGGGCAAACGCUGUGUCCCAUUGAUGCCCAGACUGCCAUCUUGAUUGGAGGACAAGGAGCCAGGAUGCAGUUCUGCAAAGAUCCAAUGUGGAAGCUCUGCACGGAGGACAUGUCCUGGAUGGCGGCUGAGACGCUAGCACAAGGUCCCACUCCUGAGUCCAGGAUCGGCCACUCGUCCGUUUACGACCCAGACUCAAAGCGGAUCUUCGUGUUUGGAGGUUCCAAAAACAAGAAGUGGUUCAAUGACGUCCACAUCCUUGACACGCAGAGCUGGAAGUGGACCAUGGUGGAGGCCCAAGGGAAGGUUCCCCCUCUGGCUUACCACAGCUGUAGCAUGUUUCGGGGGGAACUCUUUGUGCUGGGAGGUGUCUUCCCUCGGCCCAACCCGGAACCGGACGGCUGCAGCGACUCUUUGUACAUUUUUGACCCCCAGCUGUCUAUCUGGUACCAGCCUAUCGUCAUUGGUGACACCCCCUCACCCCGUUCUGGUCACUCGGCAUGUGUGAUGCAGGAGGGGAGGAUAUACAUAUUUGGCGGGUGGGACACGCCAGUGUGCUACAACGACAUGUUUGUGUUGGACCUCGGUCUGAUGGAGUUUUCUACUGUGCAGACAAGUGGAAAAGCCCCUUCCCCCAGAUGCUGGCAUGGUAGCGCCGUCCUCUCCAAUACCAAGUUCUUGAUCUACGGCGGCUACAACGGAAACAAUGCUCUCAGUGACGCCUUCGUCUUUGACACAGAUACAAAUAUUUGGACGGAAGUGACGCUCCCGCAGCUAUCCGUGGCCAGGGCAGGUCAUUCCUUCAUUACCAUGGAGAUGGACCAGGCCUCCGGGAGUAAAACUCUGCUGGUGUUUGGGGGCGGAGACAACGAGGGAACGUUUUAUGCUGAUGUGACCACAGUCACUGCAGAGGAGCUGCUUGCUCUCCUUUGAUGGUGUGACGUGAUGCUUGUUUUUAUUUAUAAGCAUAUACAGUAAUCCCUCCUUUAUCACGGUUAAACGGUUCCAGGCCCGACCACAAUCCAAAUAUGCAGUUUUCAUAGUUAUAUACGUAGACACAAAUACAUAGAAGACCUUCUACAUACAGUACACGUUUUCACAUGAUGAUCACAUGACCAAUCACUUUCAUAUUAGCCAAUAUAGUAGCUAUAAUCACAGUGUGUUGUCAGAUUGUUCCGUCUAGCACUUGUAUGUUUCACCUACUGACACAGAGUGACCCGUGUAGCAUGGCAAAACAUUUUGGCCAAAAAAUAGGCCAGAAAUAUUUAAAACUUGAUUAAAUAUGCAUCCUUUUUUUUUUUUUUACAAAUAGGUCUUAUUCAACAUCAAAACAGCAUGAUUUUUGAAAAAUCCCGACAAGUGUGAGGCCAUGAGAUUAAAACUGUGAUGUGGUGAGGGACAACUGUAUACUCUACAUUUUUACUUUCAGCUUUUCCUUCCUUUUGCAUACUUUUUUGGUUUCUGCUUUUGGUUUUCUAUUUCAAUCGGGAACUUUGUAUAUACUUAUAUAAAACUAACAAAACAAAUGUAUUUUGUCGUGCAUGACAGAAAUAAAUUGUG